AUGACUUCAAACUCUCAGCCUCAACCUCGGGGCGAUGCUUCAGUGCGUGAAUUUGGCAGAGACUUUCUGGCCUUCUCUGUCCAGCACGGCAUACACUGUGUACCUAUUGAUGAUGAAGAACUCAACCGGCAAGCCGAUUUCUACGAUAUCAUCUCUCGAUUGUUCGAGAGACGUCUUUUCCUACCAACCGAAUUGACACCAGAGUUCGUACUCGACUGUGGAAGCGGCAGCGGCAUCGAAUGGGCAGAAGAAGUGAUGGAGAAGUCAGAGCUGGGGCCAGGGUCUUCCAGCUCAGAGGACGACGACUUCGCAUGUCAGGUAGUCGCUGUCGACAUCUUCCAUACCGAAGGAUCAUCGCCCGGAGUGGUGAAGAAGAGGUGGAAUCUGAAUGGACCCUUUCGUUACGACCAAGAAGAACUUGCCAGAGACAAGUAUGAUCUUGUCAACUCACGCUUCCUUGCAGACAGUAUCAAUGCAGACCGAUGGAGGUCUUACGUACAAGACCUCUACGACCGACUCAGGACUGGUGGCUGGCUCCAGAUGCUCGAGGCUCAGUUCAAUAUCCAAUCGCGCAGCGGAAGACCUUUGGAGUAUCUGUCGAGAUGGUGGACUAUCUACAGUCAGGCCUUGGAAGGGCACAACAAAGAUCCAAGAGUCGGAACAGAGUUGUCGAGGUAUAUGGCCAAUGCCGGGCUCGUCAACAUCGCCAUGGAGCCGAAACAACUGCCGGUCGGAGAAUGGCAUCAAGACCCUCGCUUGAGAGAGAUAGGUAGGGAUAUGAAGUCGAUAGCUGUGCAGACCCUGAGGUCGUUGGGUAUAUGGCAUUGCCGUCGAGCUGGUAUGCAGGAAGUCGACUUCGAAGAUCUAAUCGCCGGUUGUGAAAGAGAAAUUUCAGACACAAGUCUACGACUCUAUAUCCCGUUAUUUGCCGUCUGGGGUCAAAAAGCCGUGGUGGGACAAAAGCGAGUCGACAAUGGAGGCGCUACAUAUAUUCCCGACCCAAGCAGACGUCUUCCUCCCCCAGUCGACUGGGCAUAG